UAUUACCUCAACACCCGUCUAGAGUGUACAGUUUUUUUUCAUACUAUCAGACAAUGUCAAACCCUUUGCAUGGACAGCGGAUACGCCAUAGGUUUUCUUGGCUAAGCCAUACCGGAACGCUUAUUCUUGGGCUCUUCGUAGGCUCCCUCUUGACUCAAUCUUUCACAUUGGACGCCAAUCCUGAGAAUUGCCGUCAAGUAGGUCUUUCUACAGCAAAGCCUGCGGAAGUUAUAGCUGCCCAAGAGUCAUAUGCGACGCAAUGUCCUGAAUCGCUGGAGGUUCUAAGUCCCACCCACGGAUUCAUACAACGAAGAAGCGUGCGAGUAAACGGAACAUAUAACAUACCAAGCCCCUUUAAGGGACCGCCGGGCCCAGAUGUGGAAGCAGCUUGGGCACGAUAUUUCCAGAACUGGACCUUCACAGUUGACGAGCAUACAUACCGCUCAUCAAGGCCACAACAUCCAGAAGCUGCCGUUCGCAUGGCGACCGGAGAAAAUGAGGGAUUCUUGGCCAGCUUUGAGGCGACACACCAAUUGCACUGUCUCUAUAAUCUCUUUCGAGCUUCUUAUCUUGACUACUACGAAGAUGAGCGCAGGGACUAUGAAGCAGACCCGGCAAAGUGGCACGAGCGGGUUGAUCAUUGCACAGAUAUCAUAAGACAGAAAUUAGAAUGUGAUCGCGAUACGACUCUAGUCUCCUACAAUUGGGUCAGGGGCAAAGGUACGCCGAUGGCAAACUUCAAUGUUGAGAGGAUGUGUCCAGAAUGGUCAGAGAUGGACUUGUGGCUUGAGGAACAUGGCAUUGGAAAUAAAAUGCCCCCCAAGCCCUCAAAUGUGGUGGAACUGGAUCAAAUCCCCUGAAAGUAGUGUAGAAUAUUCUCGACUAUAUCAAUCAUGAUGGUCCCUUUGGUCUCUCUCAUUUUCU